AUGGAACGCCAGCGUGGGGUCCGUCGGCGGUCGCUGGCGGAUGCGUUCGACGAGCAAGCGAUCGGCGGUGGAGUCGCGAGAGGGGGGAGCGACGACUUUCUGUGUCUUCUUGAUACAGCAGAGACGGGUCAGGAAGCGCCAUACAGCGUUGAUCAGGUGACAGACGAUGUGCGGGAACCCUUGUUAUCGCGGCAGGUUGAAGAUUCUGUCAAGCCCGCGCCUGCUGUCGUCAUGAUCGAUGAAAAACUGGUUGAUCGGAGAGCAAAGUUGGCCAUCUCCCGUUCAGGAAUGAAGUGGUCCUUGUUCUUCUAUAUUAUUCUGGUCUUCGCCCUUGCAGCGGCCAUUUUCUUUGAGCUCGGCCACGUGAGCGUUCUUGCCGCGAUUGCUGUCGGAUCCGCCGGGGUUGUUCUUCUUCUCGCGACACUGGUGGCUGUGUGUACGCGAAAGAAGUGGGCAAUUAUUGUUGCCGUUGUUGCCGCGUGCCUCGCGUGCGUCACCGUUCUACUUGCGUGCGUCCAUAACGUCUUCGUCCUCGUUCGGAGUGGUACCGCUCUGCGCUGGAGUAUCGGCCAGGGUAUAAGCGAGGUUUACAUAGUUUAUCAGGACACCACUACGAAUAUCACAGCCAACAUCGGGAACGUCCAGAAUCAACUGAAUAACACCAUAAGCAAUGGAGGCACGAUUGAAGACUUCAUCAGUGGCAGGCAGCCUCCUGGCGCUCCACAGUCUGCCAAAACGGGAAAUGAGAGGUCCGCUGAGGAAGCACGAAACGACGGCGAUUCGUAUGAUGUUGCCAACUACCAAGAGGGGCUCGUCUCCGUCCACGGGCUAGCCGCUCUCGAGUUUGCAGCGAACGAAGCUGUCGCCGCAAGAAACAGGACUGCAGAUUAUCCUGGGAGCUACCCAGGAUACGAGGGACAGCUCGGCUCAACGGGGGGGGCUACAGGGUUUCCUGGGAUGAUUACGGGGGUUCAGAUCAGACCCAGCGCUAAUGACUGGCUUACAGACUACGCUGUUACAGGAACUCCUCACUUAGAGAUCAAAAACACUUGUCACAACGACUACUGGGACCCAACGACCUCAUACAGGAAGGGGGUCAACAUCGCGAGUCAGUCGAUGGCACGAGCGGGUCUUUUCUGCGCCUUCUCCCAUUUCAAAAUCUUCGAAUUCCAGCAGUGGCCGGUCGAUUGCGCAAAGGAUUGUGGUUUUGGUGAUGAUCCAGAGAAAUUCAUCGGUUCCCGGGGGCAGGCGAAUCGCUACGAGGCUGCACUGGCCGCGCAGCAAGGAGACCAGAACGGGAAAUCCGGUUUCUCUGAUGUCAAGGAAACAGUGAAAGUGUGCGCUAUGCUUCAAACAGCUACUGCCUGUUCGAUUUGGAACUUGGGAUAUUUUCUGAUUCUACCAGUCAUUUCGGCCGUGUGGCUGCUCUUAUGUGUCUGCUCCUGUGGCGCUUUUGUUCCGAGUGUGUACAAUGGGUGCAGAGUCAUCAAAAACAUGUAG